AUAUGCUUAAGCAGAUGUGUUUAUGAAGGACCACCACGCGAGGUACCCGGAAAUCAAGGUGUAGCGUCAGGGAGAAUGUUUCGUUACAGAGUCUGAGGUCGACGAGCGUAGACAAUCGGAACAUCUCUGAUCACUGCUGUUUCAAACCGGGUUGGGAGUUCAUCAGCCAGGGCGUAGAAGGUUGGGGAAGACAACUUUAAGGAUGAACAAUACAACACACAGUAUUGACCCCUGUAGCCUACGGUUUUACCCCUCCGUCCUCUCCUUCUGUGUGCUGCUGGCGGUUGUGGGGAUCCCAGGGAACGGCCUCAUCCUCUACAUCUACACCAAGAAGAUCAACAUCCCUAUCAUCAGCUUCUUCAUCAAGGUCCUCGUUAUCCUCAACCUUGUCGGCACGUCGUGUCUGCUACCGGUGUUCAUGCAUAUCGUUCUCAAUCCUGACACCAAGGAUGGUCUGUUUCUGUGCUCUUGGUUUUCUUUUGGACAGCACUUCUUUGGGUUAAACACUGGGUUACUUUACAUUGUCAUAGCAGGACAGAGGUACAGAAAAAUAUGUAAACAUGGACAAGCACAGCUCAAGGAACAAGGGGCUAAGAAGAUACUCCUGGGCUGCACCCUAUUUUCAGUUGUAUCAUGUUCCCCGAACGCUCUAAUAACUACAGCCAAGAAGCAGAAUGUAACUGUAUCUUCUAAAGAGCAGUGCUGGACAUCCGUUUGCUAUUUCUCUGCCAAUGAACGCGCAAACCACAUUGCGACACUAUACACGUCAUGGGCUAUUUUUGAACUCAUUGCUAUCUUUGUGACUCUGGUUGUAUUUUAUUCCUUGAUUAGUAAGCAUAUAGGACUUCACAAGCGCACACUCAAAAGGAUGUCCAUCUCAAGUCGAAGUCAAGUGAAGGUGACAAAUCCAACCAUAAUCUUCUUCAGCCUGACUGUGAUAUUCCUGGUCAGCUCUGCUCCAAGAGUCUUGCAGACAUUGUACUAUAGCGUAGUCCCUGAAGACCCGGCAAUCUCUGCCAACAUCCAUUAUGUACAUGAUGUGAUCAUCAUGCUGCCCUUUAUAAACUGUAUAGUCAAUCCCUUUGUCUUCGGCUUCACGUCGAAAGUGUUCCGACAUCAACUUAUUCUUCUCAUGCGUGUUAACGUCAAGAGAAGGAAGCCUUUUUCUGUACCACCAGACAUUCGACUCUCGGCGGAAUCAAUAAUGCCAAUGCGAAUAUAUUCGUAGAAAGAUGGAAUACCUUCAGUUGUUUUUUUUCUGACCACUUUGAACAGCAUUUCUAUUUUAUCACGGCUUUGUGUGGGAGGUAGGCCGGGACUAUUCUUGGUCCAGGCGUUUCCUUACUUCAGUGAAAGCCAUGAGCUUCGACAUAGUGCUGAUCAAUCUAGACCACCAUAAUCUAGGCGGAGUUAUGAUUAUCUUAGCGCUACGAUCGGGCCCUGGUGUUUAUUUAGCUGGACAAAUUGUCUUUUGUAUGAUUUCCAGUUGUACAUAUCUAUUCAGAGUGGUUGUUAAGUUGUUUUCAUUUAGCUUGUAUUUGUUGUGUUGUGGAUGCAUGGGUUCAUGUAAUCUUCAUCUGGAUUCAGUUUCCGGGGUAGACAAGUUGCGACUGCUUGCAUCAAAGCAGGAACAGUAUCAAACGUGACUGCAGAUUGUAUUUCAGUUUCCGGGUUUGGACGAGUACGAGACUUUCAAACCAUGACCGUCAUACACGGGCGAUGCUGCACAAUAAGGUUGUCAAAACCGGCAGCUGAGAUAUGUAUACGAGAGUGACAAAAGUGGUUCAGUUCCAGUCGUAGGUAACCGAUGUGUGCCGGCUUAGACAGCUUCCAUUGUUACAGUACUUGUAUCUGUUUGCAUCAGUGACAGUUUGUUUUGAUUUCCGCUAUUGUGUUAAUUGUGUUCAUUAUAGGAAACAGAUAUAUAUAUUCCUUAGGAAUGACAUCAUUUCAAGCGCGUUGAGUAGAUCCUCCAAUAGUCUGUCUCACAAUUCCGUUAUUUUCCCUACUGCCUAGACCCCUCUGCAGUGCGUAAGCCCUGAAUGAAGCAAAUCUAGAUUUGCCCAGGUUCUGAAUUCCCCAACUCACUAGAGCUCCUUUUCAAGUUAAAUGGGUUUACUUGUUACUAUAAAGAUUAUAUAUAUUCUGGGACUAAGCGCUAGUCUAAACCUCCAACUGUGGUCAAGGUUAAGAGAAUCGGAUUCAAGGAAACGGCACAAUGAGUUAAGUUUGAGAUAUUGUGAUGUUACUCAAGGUCAAGGCUAACGAUAACCUAAUGUGGAGGAGGUGAGUGUCGCGGCAUAAAAGCCCAUUAUUAGAAAUAUUUUUUGUCAGGAUAGGUGUCAAAGGGAGUAUUCUUAUCAUUUCAACAUUUAUUGAACCCAUGUUUCUGAAACUCUGGCUCACAAAUGACUCUGGGAUUCGAAACUGUGGCUUCCAGCAGCAGAGACCCAACAUCGCAUCACAGCUCCCCCGGUCGCAAAUAUGCUGUCAAUCCACACCGUCAUUACAUCGGGCCAAAUUAAAACUUGAAAUUAUUAAAAACUGUUAUUAAUUAUUUUGAGCAAAUGCAUUAAAACAUAAGCAUUUCGGUCGAUCCCUCAUUCAACGUUUCAUUUAUGACUUCGCUCAAAUCAUUACAAUUAGGCCUCGGUGUUGUGCCCUUAGCGUAUACGGAUUAUCUGCCAACAAAAGUGAAUCAAUGAGCGUAUUACAAAACGUUCCUCGCCUUAACCCUCAAUUAAUACGCGUGCCACACAUUUCUGCUAAGGGCGGUGGGGUAGCCUAGUGGUUAAAGCGUUCGCUCGUGACGCCGAAGACCUGGGUUCGAUUCCCCACAUGGGCAUAAUGUGUGAAGCCCAUUUCAGGUGUCACCCACUGUGAUAUUGCUGGAAUAUUGCUAAAAGCGGCGUAAAACUAAAGUCACUCACUCAGUCAUUUCUGCACAACAAAGGCGCAUCAGUCUGACUGAACAUCAGAAUUUCUGGAAAUAGAAUCAAAUAUGACCAUAAAAUGUGUGAUAAAUCAUUUAAUGUCAAAUGUUUUUUAUACAAUGUUAUGAAAUAUAAAUGUACUUUGGAUACUGAAAUAAAAUGUGUUUGAAUCCUAUUCCUAUUUUUA